CUGUAUCUCUUUUAAUUGCUUCGCAGCCGCCUCUGCCGUGGUGCGAGUGUUGAAUGAAUGCUCGCUUUCGCUCUAUUCUGGGGUGCGCUCGAUCUCCUAGGGUUUCGGGUGACGGCUGCGGAGGAGGCGGAUGGCGGAUGCUGCCACGGCGACCAUGCGGCGCGGUCUGGACGAGGAGGGAACAGAGCUCCUCCUGGUCGAAUCCGGCGAGCGAGAGCGGGACCGGGAGCGGUCGUGGCGGCUCAACUUCGAUGGCUUGCGGCUGUCGGAGCGGCGCGAAGAGCCUCCGCCUCGCCGCCUCCACGAUUGCCUUGGCGCCUUAGGCACUGGAGAUGUGGUGGCAGAAUAUUACCAGCAGCAGGUGGAAAUGCUCGAAGGCUUCAAUGAAAUGGAUGCCUUGACAGAACGUGGUUUUCUCCCAGGAAUGUCAAAGGAAGAGCGUGAAAGGGUUGCAAAGAGUGAGAAGAUAGCCAUCCGACUAUCAAAUGUUGCCAACAUGGUUCUCUUUGCUGCAAAAGUUUAUGCUUCAAUCAGAAGUGGCUCGUUGGCAAUCAUCGCAUCUACACUGGAUUCUCUGCUUGAUCUUUUAUCGGGGUUUAUACUAUGGUUUACUGCAUUCAAAAUGCAAUCAAGAAAUCCCUACCAAUACCCUAUUGGGAAAAGACGCAUGCAGCCGUUGGGCAUUCUUGUUUUUGCAUCCGUUAUGGCAACACUGGGUCUACAGAUAAUCUUAGAGUCAGUGCGCUCUCUACUAUCUGUUGAGAAAGAGUUCAGCUUGACCAAGCAGCAAGAAGCUUGGGUGGUUGACAUUAUGCUAUCAGUAACACUGGUGAAGCUUGGUCUUGUUGUUUACUGUCGUUCGUUCACUAAUGAAAUAGUCAAGGCUUAUGCACAGGAUCACUUUUUUGAUGUCGUUACAAAUGUCAUUGGCCUUGCGGCUGCACUACUUGCCAACUAUAUCGCAAAUUGGAUAGAUCCUAUUGGAGCCAUAAUUCUGGCAAUAUAUACCAUCCGAACGUGGUCAGUGACUGUGCUUGAGAACGUGAACUCCUUGGUCGGCCUCUCUGCAGCGCCAGAAUACCUACAGAAGAUCACGUACCUCUGCUGGAACCAUGACAAGGCCAUAAGGCACAUCGAUACGGUUCGGGCAUACACAUUUGGCUCCCACUACUUUGUGGAGGUGGACAUCGUGUUGCCAUCAGAGAUGCCCCUAAGAGAAGCACACGACAUCGGGGAAGCCCUGCAAGAGAAGCUAGAGCAGUUGCCAGAGAUAGAGCGAGCCUUUGUACACCUCGACUACGAAUUCACGCACAAGCCUGAGCAUGCCCAAGCCCACGACAUGUAGCAGUGUGUCCGGUGGUAAGAGAGAAGCAUUGUUGUUGAGCUUUAUGAGGCAUUUGGUAUGGCAUCAUGGUCGGUUGCUGAAAUCUCAGACUUCUGUGAUGGCAUAUGGUUGGUCUGUAUAAUUCAAACAGUGGAUAGGAGUCGCAGUUGAGCAUUGUAAUCAAUGAUUUCUUUUAGCAGGAUUUUUUUUUCUGUGACGAAAGAAGCAACACCCUUUGCGU